GAGAAGGCCCAGUCGGCCCGAGCCGCGGCCCGGAGCCCGGAGCCGGUCCAGUGCCCUGCCAUGGAGACCCGCUACAACCUGAAGAGCCCGGGUCUCACCAAGUUGCUCAGUUGCCAGGCUGGGCUUGAAUUUGUGAUCCUCCUGCCUCAGCCUCCCAGGGUGCUGGACUUACAGCUGUUAAACGUUUAAUGAAAGAAGCAGCAGAAUUGAAAGAUCCAACAGAUCAUUACCAUGCACAGCCUUUAGAGGAUAACCUUUUUGAAUGGCACUUCACAGUAAGAGGGCCCCCAGAUUCUGAUUUCGAUGGAGGCGUUUAUCAUGGACGAAUAGUACUACCACCAGAGUAUCCCAUGAAACCACCAAGCAUUAUUCUCCUAACAGCUAAUGGAAGAUUUGAAGUGGGCAAGAAAAUCUGUUUGAGCAUCUCAGGACAUCAUCCUGAAACUUGGCAGCCUUCAUGGAGUAUAAGGACAGCAUUACUGGCCAUCAUUGGAUUUAUGCCAACAAAAGGAGAGGGAGCCAUAGGUUCUCUAGAUUACACACCUGAGGAAAGAAGAGCACUUGCCAAAAAAUCACAAGAAUUUUGUUGUGAAGGCUGUGGCUCUGCCAUGAAGGAUGUCCUGAUGCCUUUAAAAAUGGGAAGGGACUCAAGCCAGGCUGACCAAGAAGCCAAGGAACUCGCAAGACAAAUCAGUUUUAAGGCAGAAGUCAAUUCAUCUGGAAAGACCAUUGCUGAGUCAGAGUUAAACCACUCCUUUUCACUAAAUGAUUUACAAGAUAACAUACCUACAACAUUCCAGGAUGCUAUGGCCAGCACUUCGUAUGGAGUCCAGAAUCCCUCAGCAGCAUCCUUUCAACAGCCUACCCAACCUGCAGCUAAGAAUACCUCCAUGAGCCCUCGACAACGCCGGGCCCAACAGCAGAGUCAAAGAAGGUCAUCAAUGUCACCAGAUGUAAUACAGGGCCAGCAGCCAAGAGACAACCACACAGAUCAUGGCGGAUCAGCUGUACUGAUUGUCAUCCUGACUUUGGCAUUGGCAGCUCUUAUAUUCCGACGAAUAUACAUGGCCAAUGAAUACAUAUUUGACUUUGAGUUAUAAUAUUGUUUUGUGAAUUAAGAGCUGUGACUCAGCUGCUUCAUUAAACAUUCUGCAUUGGGUAUAAUCUAAGAAUUGUUUACAAAGAAAUUAUUUUGUAUCUACCCUUCAUUCCUUUUUUGAUUUUUAUAAAUUUAUUAUAAAUUUAGCUAGACAUUCAGACCAUGCCAAGCAAUGUAUCCUGCAUAGUUUAAGAGAUUGGAAUUCAGAGUUCCUUAUCUCACUGUUUGAUUUGCUUCACAGGGAAGUAACUUAUUGUUAUUUCUCAUGCCUCAGUUUCUUCUUCUUUAAAUUUGCAAUACCUUUCUAUAUAGUUCUUCGAAAUUUUCAGUUAAAGAUGUUAUUUUAAGUUCCUAGGAGUAUUAUUAAUUACUCAGAACCAUUUAUUGAGUACUGCUCAAUAGGUAGAAUGACAUAGGGAUAGAAGAAUUGAAAAGGGAAAAAGCAAAAUUCCAAGUAGCUUCUUUAAAGUGUCAUUUAUAGGAUAUAUAUUGGUACUGCCCAUUCUGUCACUUUGUGUUCUAAAUAACUUGAAUGAAAAUAACUUUAUUUUGGUCAAACAUUUCUGAGGAAAUGAGAUCACAUUUUUGUUAUUGGAUGUGACUUGAAGAGGAAGUACUUUGUAACCACUUUGAUAUGCUGUUAUCAUCCCCCUCUCUCCAGUAUGCAUACAGAUUAAAGAGAAAAAAGAAAAGACAGUCCUUCAUAGAUCUUUGGAAGGAAAAGCCCAAGACUUGAUUUUCUUCUAGAAGAGGGAGGAUCUUAGGAUUUGAAUGUUUGCUGUGCUUUGAAGUAUCUUUUGAAACAUACGCCUAGCUCUGUAAUCACAAUAAAUUUUAAUUAUUCCAGGAAUAUACAUAAGGUACAAUUUCACGUAUCAUUUUAAUAGAAAAGCUCAGGGCCCCAGAAGCAGUGAUAGAAGUUAGAAAAACCUUUACUUAGAAUUGUCUACCUAACAAAGCCCAAGAAAGAUUUUCAGUGAAACAAAUCAAUAUCUCAGUGCUAUCCACUUCCACAUAUGCUAGUAAGAUAAUUUUAUCAUCACAAUGUCUUUUGAGACCAUAUAAUCACAAAAAACAUUGUCUUCAGCAUGUUCAGUUAGCAGCACUUUGGAUGUUGCUAAUGAAGAUUUAAUUUUUAAAUAUAAGCAGUCUCCAGGUUCCAAACAAGUUAUGCUUUAGAAAUGCAUUUAUAAUUUCCUCAUGUCAGGAAAGUUAUAGAUUACCAUUUUAUAACUUUAUUGCCAUGAGAAAAUACAUUUUGAGGUCUUGGUUCAUGACACAGCUAUUAGAAAUAUUAGAAGUCACUGACCCAACUGGGAAGACCAGGUAGCAUUGUCACCUGAGGAAGAAAUACUCAUGCCCUCAACCUAAGCUGAGGUUGUAUGCUAGAAAUAGUCUUCCUUUCAUUUAAUUCUCUAAUCACACUUGAGCCAGCCUGUGGAUCUGUGUGAUCUCGCUGCAUGUUUCCAUGAGGUGUGCCUGUAGUUUAUAAUUAAGUGUUGUGCAGACUGUUUGAUCUGAUGUACUUGUGUUCCCUCACCCAUCAAGUAACCGGCUACUUGUUUGUGUUAGGAUUUAUAGCACCUGAUAGCACAUCUGAAAGUGGCACAUUUUGCUUUCACCUUACAUACACUCCCUAGAAAUCCUUAAGUUGUCACUCUGACCCUCAUCAUGGGGCUAAAAAGCCACAUUAAAGUUGAUCUGGGGCCAUUUUAAUUGAAACUCCCUCUAAAGGUCCUAUUCAGAAAACUCUUAUUUUUAAAGCUCCACUUUAAUCCUUUAAUUCCAACAUAAGCCCAAACUGGAUGUAUAAUCUGGUAGGUGAAGGCUUAGAAUUCCUUAUUGCCCUAAUUCUGAAAUUUAGGUAAUUCAUACAUUUUUCUUUGGCACCACAAUACGUGACUACUUAUCAAGAUGGUUGAAGUAGCAUGCUUCCAAAAUACAUAUGUUGCAUCUGUAACUUUAAGCCAAUGAACCUUUCAGGUUUUAUGUAAUGUGAGGCUUUUAUGUAGCACUUUGUUUCCAUGCUGCUUAUUUUAUUCUACUGAAAUAGAAGAGUUUCAUAAAAAUACUCAAUUUUUAAAACUAAAAAUUGUUUAUUGUUUUGACUAUGGAAAUAUAAAAUUUCCUAUUUCAGGCAAAUAACUCUUCCUUUUGGUUUAUGAAUAAACAUUCUGAUGUCUUA